CAUCACUAACCAACUGAAGGUUACCGAGUUUGAGAUAGCAAACCAAUUUCAUUGAAGAUGUCUUCUUCACCCACUUUGAAAGGAUUUGUGCCACUUGACACCAAUGCUCUUUAUGAUCUCCUUGGAAAAACAGUUGAAGAAAUUGAAGCGGUUGAUAACAAAAUUCCACAUGCAGAACUGUUUCCAGAAAUUAAUGUUGGUAGUACGUCCACCCCAGUUGAAGCUGUCAAUGCAAGUAAAUUGGGCAAAGAUGAAGCAAUGAUGAAUGAAGGGAAUCAGGAAGACGAUGUUGGAGAAUUUGCUGAUACUAAUAGCAACAAUGGAGGGCUGCAGAAAGACAUAUUUUGGGACAAAGAUAUCACCAAGGCAAGGAAGAAGGGAAAUCAAGUUAUGCAUUUUCCAGCAGAAGUGAUAAAAAAGGCUCUUCGUCCGGACAUAACUUCGUGCACUAUGAUGGAUCUCGAGACUGCUGAAUAUUAUGACUGUAAAAUCAUCAAAUCGAACAGGGAGUAUGUGGAAAUGUAUCUUGCAGAAGGAUGGUAUUCAUUUGCAAAAAACAAAAAACUGAAUGUUGGAGAUAAGCUGAUUUUCCACUAUAAUUCAGAGAAAGAAAUUCUGCAUGUCAAGGUGUUCAGAAAAGAUGGAAAGAAGCAAAACUGAAGGGCAGGUUGUCAUCUCUGUUGUUUAUGUUUCAUCUUGUAAUCUGGUUGUUGAAAGGGUAGCCUGUUAUGUUUAGUAUGAAGAUAUAAACAAUGUUCAUCUGUGAUGUUUAUUUCCUUUUCUUUUGUUUAUUAUGUUUGAACUUGAAUGUAUU